AUGAGUGCACCGGCUCAAGACCAAAACAGAAUUGAUGCCAUCAAUAAAAACUUGAAAGCAGCUUACCAGAAGGAGGAGGCCUACUGGAAGCAAAGAAGCAGGACUUUGUGGUUGUCACUUCGAGACAAAAACUCGGGAUCUGUUCAUCAACGAUCAUCAAGCUGCCGGGAAACAGUGUCCCAAGCUAUUAACCCUUGUAUCUCCCCUGAAACCAACGAUGCAUUGAUAGCAGCCCCUACAACGGAAGAAAUCAGACUUGCAUUGUUCUUCAUUCAUCCGGAUAAAGUUUCGGGACCAGAUGGUUUCUCUGCAAGUUUUUUUUCCAAACAAACUGAUUGGAAUGGGAAUUCAUUGCAGCGUUUCGGGAAAGAAUGGGAUUUCAUGGCAAGUGGAUCAAUUGGAUCUUCCAAUGUAUCUCAAUUGUCUCCUACUCUUUUUUGGGUCAAUGGAGCAGCUCAUGGGUUGGUGAUUCCCCAAAGAGGCAUCAGACAAGGAGACCCGCUCUCCCCGUUUAUCUUCAUUCUCUGUGGUGAAGUCCUCUCAAGCUUAUGCAAAAACGCUCAAGCAAAUGGAUCUCUAGCCGGUAUUCGCGUGGCAAGAGGAAGUCCUAUCAUCAAUUAUCUGUUAUUUGCUGAUGAUACAAUGUUUUUCUGA